UGAGCAAGCGCUUGUAAGAAAGCAAGGAAGGAGAGCGCGGUGGGGGAGCGGUCCUGCGCCCCUGGGCGCCGCAUUGAGACUUGAGGCCCCAUCAGCACAGAAGGGCUGCUUUAUAGCUGGGAUCCUUGGUGCCGUAUGGCUGCCGGCUCCUUGGCAGCUGUCUUUGUGGACCAGUGGGCAGAGGAAAAUUGACGCUGACAAGACUUGCAUCUUGGAAGGGACUGGAAUCUACUGUAGGGAAGAACAGAGCCUCUAAUCACACGGGUGUAAAUAAGAGACGGAGGGGGAGUCCGAGAGAAAAGGAAGAGGAGGGGAGAAAAAAGUGUGUGUUGGGGGGAGUGGGGCAAAGCAUUUUUGGUGGAUGGUAUGAAGCCAGCCAUGGAAACUGCAGCCGAGGAAAAUACUGAACAAAGCCAAGAGAGAAAAGUGAACAGCAGAGCUGAAAUGGAAAUUGGCAGGUACCACUGGAUGUACCCAGGCUCAAAGAACCACCAGUACCAUCCUGUGCCAACCCAGGGGGACAGGGCUGGCCCCUUGAGCAGUCCAGGCUGCUUCGAAUGCUGCAUCAAGUGUCUGGGAGGAGUCCCCUAUGCCUCCCUGGUGGCCACCAUCCUCUGCUUCUCUGGGGUCGCCUUAUUCUGUGGAUGCGGGCAUGUGGCUCUCGCUGGCACUGUGGCGAUUCUUGAGCAACACUUCUCGACCAACACCAGUGACCAUGCUUUGCUGAGUGAGGUAAUCCAGCUGAUGCAGUAUGUCAUCUACGGAAUUGCGUCCUUUUUCUUCUUGUACGGGAUCAUUCUGCUGGCAGAAGGCUUUUACACCACAAGUGCAGUGAAGGAACUGCACGGUGAGUUUAAAACCACCGCCUGUGGCCGAUGCAUCAGCGGAAUGUUUGUUUUCCUCACCUAUGUGCUUGGAGUGGCCUGGCUGGGAGUCUUUGGUUUCUCUGCGGUGCCCGUGUUUAUGUUCUAUAACAUAUGGUCAACCUGUGAAGUCAUCAAGUCACCACAGACCAAUGGGACGGCCAGCGUGGAGCAGAUCUGUGUGGAUAUCCGGCAAUACGGUAUCAUUCCUUGGAGUGCUUUCCCUGGGAAAAUAUGUGGCUCUGCCCUGGAGAACAUCUGCAACACAAAUGAGUUCUACAUGUCCUAUCACCUGUUCAUUGUGGCCUGUGCGGGAGCUGGUGCCACCGUCAUUGCCCUGAUCCACUUCCUCAUGAUACUGUCUUCUAACUGGGCUUACUUAAAGGAUGCAAGCAAAAUGCAGGCUUACCAGGAUAGCAAAGCAAAGGAGGAACAGGAACUGCAAGACAUCCAGUCCCGGUCCAAAGAACAACUCAAUUCUUACACAUAAAUGUAAAAUGUGCCAGAGCGUUUCCGCCGAAGAACUGACAGCUCUGACAAACCACCAGACAGCUCUUCUGCGGUACAGAUGUGUGUCCCACCUAACAAACUCCUGUACAAGGUCCAAACACUUCACUGUCUGUCUCAAGCUGCUGGGAUGUAUUUCUAGGAAAGCCUUCCAGUGGGUAAAUCUUUUCCUUUAGAACAGAUAUUGGAGGUUUCAUGUUAGCCAUUUUAAAAGGCAACACUUUGACAAAACGAUCGGUUCAUCCUUUUGAAAUCUGUGGCAUGUUCACACUUAGGGCUAAUCACACCAAGACAGGCCGCGGGAUGAGUCAUGCUCCUUGAUAGGGACCUGUGAUGUGCCAGCAUCAGGGGAUGUGACUGCAAACUCACACAUGGCAUCUGUCCCCAAAUCAGUGUAUCGAUAUAGGUCAUAAGAUGGCAGUUCCAUCUCUGACAGCUGACAUUACAUUUCGGCUCAUCAAAGGUAGUAUGAUUCUAGGUAGUAUGAUUCUUACAAUUGACUUUUUUUUUUUUAAUUAGCUGACGUUUUCCCCCCAAGUCCAGGACACAUGAAUUCCCUGAGCAGAUCACAAGUCCAUUUUUCAAUAAUGCUGAAAUGAGCCACUAGAAUGCUGUUGUACCUGCAGCUGAGUAAGCUGGGUUUUGACCCACUGACAAGCCUUCUGGAAUCAAUUUUAUGAUAGAUUUCAUUUUAAUAAAAUGGUAAUGACCCAGUCAUUGUCAUUCUUCUUGGGAAAUAGAUGUCAGCUCUGCCUUACUGAGUAUUUGCUUGAAAUUUCUAAGAAUUUAUAUUGCAACAGGAGACCCUAACUCCUUCACAGAAUUUUGUUCCCAUCAAUGUUUUUCUCAAUUACGAAGUGUUACCUUAUUAAAAUGACCACCAUCAUACACCAUCCUUCAGUGGUCUGGGUAAGGAGUUUACAAUUUCAUACCAACCAUCUAAAACCUAAUUAAAUAGACCACAGACCUCCUACUUUUAUAGACUUGACUACUUAAGUAAUUUAAAUUAGGGUAUUUAUUUCAUUUUUUCAUAUCUAGAUCUUAGUUUCCUGGAAUAACAAGGUUUGAUGUUCAGUGAGAAAACUGCUUGAGUUUAAUUAAGCCAUUUGCAACAGAAACUUGCCUUUUAAAUCUUUGUGUCCCGGAGCAUUCAGUGACUCCGCGUAUUGGGUGUUAGUGAUGGUAAACUGUGUGGUGUUCUUUCUGAAAUGAUACAUAUAACCGUCAGGGCCAUCAGUGCUUUUCAAGGGGGCUGCAUUCUAUAGUUAACUAUGUAUAUUCCUGUUCAGAGUUAACCUGUGGUUGGCUGUUUCCUGGAUUUUAAAACAUAUGUGUGCAGAAAUGUAUUAAAAUGAAAGGAAGCAUACCUUUAUCAAGAAGCUAUUAAAGAACAUUCCUCAAGUAUGAUGAUUUCAUUUGGAUUUUUUUCCUUGGUUAAUGCCUACAUGCCGAUUUGGCGCUUUUUUCUUUGUUCAUCGGGAGAAGCUCUCUUCUGUGUGGAACAGUUGUUGCCGACUAGCUUAGUGUUUCUUUUCCUGUUGCAUGACAGACUUCAAUAUUUUUUUCCAGCAGUGGAGGUGCUGUUAGCAUCCAGGCUCUCCUAGACGAGCAGUGUCUAAAGCCUAAUUUUCCUUUUCUAAUUCUGUUAGCUGUUGCCAGGAAUUUUUGAAAGUUUUGUUUAAGUAGUCUAAUAUUUUUUAUGUAAAAAGCAUUAAAUUUUGCUAUGUAUAAAUUUUUGUAACCUAACAGUGAAUCAAUAUUUUCUAUCAGUGCCAAGGGCUUCCUGUAGUUCUAUUCAAGUGUUACAAUAAUAAAUAUUUGUAGAUAAUAGUCGAUACUUGUGUAUGCUUAUUUUAAAGAUCUAUUUAGGUGGAAACAGUUGUGGAUGUACUGAGAGUCAUAAAUAAAAUUAUAGCUUCAUUCACUUGCCUUUUUACCAUACAUAAAUCCUUUCGUUGUCCUCGGUAUGGUGUCACUUUUAAAUACUGUGCACAAUCGCGAUUUCACACUUGCAUGGAAAUCAAGUCUGUAAGAGAGUGCUGCAUGUUUCCCUGCUGACAAAAAUCUCUUAAGUGAGAGCAAUUUGAGACAAUAUUGUAACCCGCUGGGCUGUAUACUCUGCAUAAAGCAUACCAUUAGCACUUUGUAGUUCUGUGGGAAAGUAGAGAAUUUUUCUGGCUAGCUUCUUCAACAAAUAAAAGCCAUAUACCUGUGGGAUUAGCACAAGGCUUAAACCUUCUCACUGACUGAGGAAAAGCAGAAGCGAUGGAGAGCUAUUUUGUGAAGGGUCGCUGUACCACUGGCUAUUUUAUACACCCGAAGUAUAAACGUCUAUCAGAAAGGCCAAUUCAGGUAUAUACAAAAUCUAGAUCUAACAGUUCCUCUAUAAAGCAGAAAUCAAUGAAUUUCUUAGGAUUUCAUUUUCUAAUCUGUUUCCUUAUCUGUCAGCAUGACUGUACACUGGCAUUUCCCACACCUGACGUUUCUUAGUAAGCAUCAGCCUUCGUCACUAUUUCCUCACUGACAUUUCUAACCAAGGUGCUGACUCCAGAUCAUCGCAUCAAGCAUGGCAGAGCAAUCAAGAACCCAAUUAGCGUGCUAUUUUUCACACUAAAACCUUUUUAUGUAGCAUUUUGUACAACAAUUCUUUAAGUUACAUAAGUCACUUAAACUGGUGUGUGUAAAAUACUGGCUAGGUAAGAUCACAUGCAGUGUCUUAAUGGACAAUAAUCAUGCCACAAAACAUAGAAACUUCCAGAGGGUGGAGUAGAGAUUUUUCCAUUUCUAUAGUUAUUUUUUUUUUAUAGUUAUAAAAAAUACCUUGUGAAAUUUUACCUUUAAGAGAUGACCAUAAAGUCAAAAAUUAUAGGGGGGGGGGAACCUACUCAUUUGAAAACCAAGGCAUGAAAAUAAGUCCAUUCAUUAAGAAGUGACCCAAAGAGUCCACAGUAUUAAAUUAAAAAAAUUCCUUUUAGGGCUUUUUAAUGGUAUGAUUGUCAUAAUAGUAUAGGAUCGCAAAGAGGCAACCCCCCUUGUUACGGGUAUCUUUUCCUAAAUGAUAGCACCUUUCCCUAGCUGGUGCAGGGCCAAUUUGGUCUCAAAUGUUUGUGAAAAAUUACACGUUUUACUAAAGGGAACUUUUUCAAAAUGAGUAUCACACUGA